CAUUACGGCCACUGUCAAAACAAACGCAAGUGUCGGUCAAAACACCGAGGUUUAAAACCAGGAAAAAGCGUUAGUUCCUCCAAUGAUGGUGAAAUGUACAUAAAUUAUUAGCAACAACAUCGCGUUCUCUCGCUGAUCAAUAUGAGUCACUCGCUACAUCUUCGAUGCUCGUGCUAGAGAUUCACCGCAGUGUCUUGGAGUGUCCUUUCGCUUUAUAUCGACUGACCGGACGGCGACGACAGACAUCAUGUACCCCCAAAGCAACGGUCAGUUGGAUUGGAACGAACGAUUCGAUACAGCUGUAGAUAUCGGUACCGGCGGAAGCGUUUUCGGUGACAAUGGCGAUGUGUACCGACGAUUUCAGGACAUCGACGGUGGCAGUAACAGUUCGGCCAGUAACGAUACGGAAAGCACCACCCUGCUGGAUGAAACGUGCCGCAAGAACGAACGAUUGUACGAUAUUACGCCAAAGGAUCGAGGUGACCGACACAGCCGUGGUUCGACCAAGAACAAAUGCUUCCUGUGGAUUAUUGCCUUUUGCCUGAUCGGCAUUGUGGGCUUUGGCAUCAUACCGAACAACAACGAUCGGGGACGCAUUGGUACCAUCGCUGGAUGGGGAUUGAACACGUCGAGAGCCACGAUCGGCUAUGUGCUUCCGUACGAAAACACCACACUGAUCGAUCCGCUAAAUGUGUGUACCACCGAGGAACGUUCCGGUCUGGUGGAGGAAAGUGAGAAGGUGUUCUUGCUGAUCGUGGUCUGUUCAGCGGCUCCCAACUUUGAAUCCCGCCAGGCGAUCCGGGAAACGUGGGGCAAGGGACGCGACUUUAACUAUGCCCAGUUCCAGUCUCUACAUGAGCGAUUGCAUGGUGAAUAUCUGGACCCGAAAAGGACCGUCGGUCCGGAGCUGAAAAAGUACCUGUGGCAAAUGGCUGAAGCAGAUGAGUCCUUGGCUACUUUAGCUACGGAAGGUAAUAAUGUUCACUCGAAAUCCAACUCUAGUCACAGUGAGCAGAGCGACGCGAGCAGCUUUGCGGGUAUGAUAUUGAGCGUGAAGGUAGUGUUUCUCGUCGGUCAAUCGGAAGCUGACUACGUGCAUCAACGCCAGCGAUCAGCAAUCCCUUCCGCCGGUGACAGCGAAAGCACCGUGAAGAGAAGCGCGAUCGUACAGCAGGCGCCCACUUUGGCGGGUGCUGCAGCUACCCUACCCGGUGCGGAUCCAUCGCACAACCCGUCGGAUAGUACGUCACACAGCUCACUGUUUCCCAGUGGUCCGGACGUUGAUCCCGCAUUUAACGCAGCUAGCAACGAAAUGGUGGACGAGCUGCAGCUACGAAUCGUAAACGAAAGCGAAGUGUACGGUGAUAUUAUACAGGAGAGCUUUAUAGAUAGUUACAAUAACCUGACGCUGAAGACGAUCAUGAUGCUGAAGUGGGUUACCAACAACUGUGAUGGCAAAGUAAAAUUUAUCAUGAAGUGUGAUGAUGACACCUUUGUCAACGUACCGAACCUGCUGCACGUCCUGCUCGGUGGGACGGUCCCCCUGUACAAAGCGGCCAUAUCGUUCUACGACACCAACACGGUGGCGGUGAAAUCGCCCAAAAACCGCCUCAUCGAAGGGAAAUACCUGCUGACGGGGUUUCUGUUCUGUGACGCCAAACCGAUCGGUGACACCACCAGCAAAUGGUACUCACCGACGUACAUGUACGAUAAGGAGGUGUAUCCGAACUAUCUCUCCGGCACGGCAUAUCUUAUGAACUUUGAGACGGCAAAGCUGCUGUACCGGGCGAGCCUAUCGACGCCGAUCUUCCACCUGGAGGACGUGUACCUGACGGGCAUAGUGGCGGACCGGGUGAAAAUUCGGCGCAGGCACCAUCCACUGUUCUUUUACUCCUACACCAAAGACUUGUGCGCCCUGCGGGGCAUGAUCUCCCAGCAUCAGCUGCAACCGGGCGAAAUUCGCACCGCGUACGAUUACAUUACCAACAGCUCGAUAUUAUGCAAAGGGCCGGAGAAGCGAUUCACCGUUGGCCAGCUGAAGCUGCAGCAGCGUAAAAAGUGUCAAUGAUGUCGUAAGCGUGUGGCCGUACCAUCUGGACGGUCCCGACGCUAUCGUCAGUUUUUCUCAAUCUGGUGAUAGGAACCGCUGUGCGCGCAUCUUCCAAUCGACACAGGUCGUGCCAGUAUCUAGAAAGUUAAGCACAACCCUCCUCCAACAAAACUCAAUUGUUUAAUCCACCGAUCUAUGAACAUUACGGAAAUGCACAUGACAGGAAGAAGGUAGCAACCUGGUAGGAAAUACGAAUGUGAAUGACCUUUUGCGCACAAAUUACAGCUCGAAACGCACAGCCAUUUCAAUUUAUCCCAGAAUCUCGUAUAGAUGAUAGAACAAUGCACCGCGACGGGCUAGCAAUUGGAGAGCAAGAAAAAACACACACACACACACACACUGUGUAAACUCUGCUAGUAGGGUAAACCACAAUGGAGCACCCUCCAGGAUUAACGAAUAUUAUUUACAAGCAACGUUAAGUCUGCUAACGCGCUUCCUCUCAUCAAAUCGUGUAUUAGGCGUAUUAUAAAUCGAACGAAAUUAGCUAAGCUUCGCCUUCACAUAACGAACAAAACGUCCUUACUACAAUUUUAAUAACUUAUUGUACUUUGUAGAACAGUUAUCUAGGUCGCGGAAUGUAAACCAAAAGAAAGCGAUAUAUACGGUACGGUACAGCGGUACGGAGCGGUUUUUUUUUCCUGGUAGAAUCUCCUCAUUGUAAACACUUUUCACUGACGACGCUUCGUAAAGCCUCGGCGUAAUCGGACAGUGCCACAGCGUGGAUUUGAAUGUUACACUCUACCGAGCUGACAAAAGCUCAACUUCUCAUUUAGAAUAUCGCGUGAUUGGUCUGAAAUAGUUUUGCAAUUGGAAAUAGGUACUCUUGUUUAAGCUUUUAGUGCUCUCUUCUUGGCAUGGCAUGGCAUGAUCUAUUUCAUCAUGCCAGUAUCAACAGGCUUAUUAGGCUUAUUUGUUUAUCACGUCCCUAUACAGUUACCAGUUACUACGGGGGAACGCUGUUCGGAUGGGAUUUUAGUAACAGGUCGUGUUAAGCGAGAGAUGAGUGUCAUGUUUUGCCUCGUAAUGAUGUUUCCUGCAGAGCCAUAAUAAUUAGGUAUGGGGUUUUAAUACCCUUUUUGUUUGAAAUGAAAUUACUUUUUCGUCUGCUUAGUUAGUUGUUUAGGUGUUGUUUAGGAUUAACAUAGUACAUUGGCUGUCCGUGACAUGAAUGAAGCCAUAGUUUAGUAAAUUUUGUACAUGGAAACUGAAGGUUGAUAUUUUUGAACAAAAUUAUUCUCGGCACCGAAGAUUGUUAACAAUUCGGUAUUUCUUUCUUUCGGUUAUCGCGAUUGAAAAGAAUAUAGAUUAUAUAGAACAUCGGGGACUGUACGCUAACGCACAAAGACAAGCUAGAGUGGGAAAUUAUUAUUAUGAUAAAAAUGUUAUUCUUUAACGUACUGUUAUGAUUAUGAUAGCCAAUCCUCCUCCCCCUCACGUCAGUUCUUUUUUUUUGGCGUUGAUGAACAACUUUCUCUUACUUUGUGCAACAUGAUACACCGCUCCUGUUUUCUAGUUCUAGUUCCGCUCUAGUUCACCAACAAUACUUCGCUUUGUAGUGACAGGCAGAGCUACAAUAAGCUAGGGCAUAAUCCGGCAACAAAUACAACGAUUGCACUAGCAAAAUUAGAGAGGAAAGUAGAGGAGAUAAAUGAGCAAAUCAUUUGAUUCAGCUGUGAUUCUAAAGAAGAAAACAAAAACAAACAAGAAACAAAUUAGACGAACUAAAAGAAAUGCAUUGAUAUUUAGAUAGGUAUACAAAGUAAGGUAGUGAAUAGACGUGACUCGAAUAAUAUCAGCAGCAGCACACACAAACACACACACAAAGCACCGGCAAGAUCUAUGGCGGUUGGUUUUUGAAUCGAGGAAGUGCACGAUUAUCCACAAAAGGACAGCUAUAGUUGGCAGCUAGUUGGCUGAAUAGAGGGAGUAGUAAAUAGUAGUAGCAGAAACAUUAGAUUUGUGAUUCUAAACUGGGCAAAGCGAACUGUGACUGUGACAGCUAUCGACCGGUGUUACGCCGAUGUACGCCCUUGGGGUACCAGAGUAGUGUUGAGUUACGUUAAGACGUUAAAGUUUGGGCUCUCGUAGUUCUAGUGAUAUAAUAGGUAAAAGUAUUAGAAUUUUCAAACCACUACAGGAUCGAGGCCGAUGAUUUCACACAUCAUCAGGCACGUAAUGGAUAGAGCGAUCAGUCGGCAAACGGGGGAAAAUCAUGCUUCAAGAAGAGAGAAAAAAACACACACAACGUUUGGUGAUCGAAUUGGUGAACAAAAAAAAAGACAGAAGAGAAAACAUACCUAAACUUCCAGUAAGUAGACGCAAUUAAGCAAAAAUUAAAUUGAUCUAAUUAAAAGGCAUCAAAGUAGGUACGAGAUUCUACUCAAAUAGUUACGAAAGACAAAGACACCGAGAGUGUGUGGGCGAGGGUGUUCGGAAACGAAAAAAGACAUAUUAGUAAGAUAAAUUGUUUUUCGCCAUCGUACCGUUAGCGCUGGAACAAACCUGUUAGAAUUCGGUUUUUUUCUUUGUGGAAAGUUUCCCUUCUUGUGCUGCUGCCACACGGAAUGCGCGUGUCCGACGGUUACGGGUGUUUGAUUUACCGUCCACCUUGCGUUCCUUUGUUAGCCGAACCGUGUGAGCGCAGUAUGCAUUGGGCAGUAUGAAACUUAAAAACAAAUUAAUAAAAUUAAACUCAACUCCCCUGACUGGAGCCCUGCCCGCGAUUGCAAGGGCACGGAAGGGGGGGGAAAACUUUUGUCGCGUGUA